UCACGGAGUCUCAUUUGAUAGAAGAUUCCCUAUUUGCGCCCUCCCUCCGCUCGCAUCCCAUGGCCGUCUCUAGGUGAUUUAGCGCCGCCAGUCUCAAGCAGGUGUCCAACAUGGCGAUCACGGGAAACGGAUCUCUCACUAUUUCUCUCUCUGUUUUCGUGAUUUCAGCGGCGUUUCUUCUAAAAGUUGAAGGUCAAAACCUGGGGACUGAUAAUGUGUCAGUGAUCGAGGGGGAGAUGGCGACCAUCAGCUGCAGGGUGAAGAACAAUGAUGACUCAGUCAUCCAGCUCCUUAACCCCAACAGACAGACCAUCUACUUCAGAGACGUCAGACCCCUGAAGGACAGCCGGUUCCAGCUGGUGAAUUUCUCCGACAACGAGCUGCGGGUGUCUCUGUCCAACGUGUCUCUCUCAGAUGAGGGACGCUAUGUGUGCCAGCUCUACACAGACCCUCCUCAGGAGGCCUACGCAGACAUCACUGUGCUGGUCCCACCAGGCAGUCCAAUCAUGGAUUCCCGAGAGGAUGUGGUCAGUGAGGGGAACGAGACAGAGCUCACCUGUACAGCCAUGGUCAGCAAGCCUGCCGCCUCCAUCAGAUGGAUGAAAGGAGAGCAGGAGCUGACAGGCGAGAUGACGGUGGAUGAGACCUAUGACAGGAUGUUCACGGUCACCAGUCGGCUGAGACUCACUGUGUCCAAGGAGGACGACGGAGAGCCAGUCAGCUGCAUCAUCGACCACCCAGCCGUGAAGGACCUCCGGGCACAGAGAUACCUGGAAGUGCUAUAUCAACCAGAAGUGAAGAUCGUUCAGGCGUUCCCUGAAGGUUUAACGAGAGAGGGAGAGAAUCUAGAGCUGACGUGCAUAGCAAAAGGCAAACCACAGCCCCAUCAGAUCAGCUGGCUCAGAGUGGAUGAUGAUGUGCCAUCUCACACCGUGAUCACCGGCUCUGACCUCUUCAUCGAAAACCUCAACAAGUCGUACAACGGCACGUACCGCUGUGUUGCCUCCAACACCGUGGGAGAUGCCUACGAUGACUAUAUCCUCUUUGUAUACGAUGCUCCUACCACGAUCCCCACACCCACCACCUUGAACCUAGACAACACCCAAGACUCCAGAGCUGGUGAGGGGGCGCCACAGAAGAUAGACCACGCUGUCAUCGGGGGCGUGGUUGCCGUGGUGAUGUUCGCUAUCCUCUGUGCACUCAUCGUCCUGGGGCGCUACUUCGCCAGACACAAAGGCACCUACUUCACACAUGAAGCCAAAGGGGCAGACGACGCAGCAGAUGCAGACACGGCCAUCAUUAAUGCAGAGGGGGGACACAACAACACGGAAGAGAAGAAGGAGUACUACAUCUAAUGAUGAGAGGCCAUGGGGGUGUUAUGUUGAGGGGGGAGGGGGGGGCGUCCUGUAGGAGCACUAUAUCUAACUCUGAGAGGGUGGGGGAGGGGGAGGGGGGGUAACGAGGGAUGUCGAACUGGUGCAGCUGAGAAGGAAAGAUGAGAGGUGGGGAAAGGAGAAGAGAAGAGGAGAAGAAUGAUGAGAACUCUAGAGGAGAGGAGGAUUAGAGUGGAUGAGUAGUUGGAGGCUUCAUUGCUUUGUCGUGGAUUCGCCCAUCCAACCUCUCCUGGACUGCUGGGGCCCAUUCUGUACAGUUCAAUUAUUUUACAGACAAUUUUGUGCCUUGUUCUAUUUCUUUCGUAAUUGUUGUUUUCUUUUUUCCCCUCAAGCCUGUCGACUCCACCAGAUCCUUUUUGCUGCAGUUAGCUUUCAGAGGAGAUUGAAUGACACGGCACUUCUUCUCUAGUUGUCCUGCAGCUCUAUCUUAGCUUGUGUACCAGGCUUUUAGAAGCACUCUCUCUCUAUGCUGUGUACUGUAGAAGCAGCCAACAACACAUAUGAGUCAUUUCCAGACUAUCUAAAAUCAAUUGUAAACAGCUCUCAUCAAUAUCAAACUGUACUGUCGCUCUUAACUCAAGCAUAAAUAUGACCUCUCCUGCUCUAUCAGACAUCCUGAAACAUCCCUUUUAUGUUUGUUCUGUGGCUAAAAGACUGACUGGAGUUGCUGCCAUGGUCAUAAGCAUUGUUGGUUUAUCUGUCAGAUGUGGGUCGGAGCAACAGGCUGUUGUGUUGUUUCAACAUCAUGAUAUUAUAGUGAAUUCGGGGGGUAGUCCCAACCAGGACUCGAACCUGGGUCCAGCAAUUGUUAAGCCAACGCCUUAACUGUUAUGCCAAGAGGUCCGAUCCCCUUGAUGAGGUCACUAGGUGUUGGGCUAAGGUCGCUACAAUAUGGUUUACUCUGGGUCAUCAUACUCAUACCCUCAAUGGUCAGUGAAGGACCAAUGUAAUAGUAAUGCUUGUACGUGUUCAAAUACAGUGCAUAUAUUACCCAGUGUUUUCAGCACAGGGUCAAAUCCAGUUCAAAUAAUUAUCUUCUACAGAUAAAACAAGUUUGAGUUUGUUCUUGAAUAAUAUACUGACUUUAAUAUAUUGAAUAUAUAUUUAGAAACCUUACAAGGACCUUCAAACACGAUUUUAUUGUUGUCUUAGGCCUUUGUCUAAUCUGUUGACUCGGGUUGCUAUUGCGAGGAAUAUAUCUCAAUAUGAAAGGGAAGAAAAAAUGUUACUUCUACUUUAGAUUGAAGACGUUUUAAUUGUAAUGAUGUUUAAAACAUUUGAAUUUUUCAAACAGUAGCCAGUACACAAGGAAUUCUGUAUGUAUUAUUUUGACUGCCAUUGUAUAUUUUAUGGAUAUUAUGAUACACUUUGAAUAUCAUUUUUGCAUGACAUUGUUUUGUUAAAAUGUUUUGUUUUCAUAUUAGAAAAAGUAACACAAAACUAAUGGUCAUUGCUCAAUGAGCAUUCCUAAUCGUGUCUGUGAAUAAUAAGGUAUUGAAGAUCCCCUAUAAGUUUUGAAUGGGGAAUGACUAGCACGGUUUCCAUUUCUGCCAUGUUUCAGCUUUUGAAGUAAAUGUACAGAUUGCUGUGGAAUCCCUGUAAUGCAUAUUGAAGUUCCUGCUUUUAUCUUUCCAUGGUGCAUUAGUCAAUGGAUUUAUUGGAUAUAACAGUGUGAUAGACAAAACAACUCCAAAUACAUGAAUAAAAAAGGACAGCCACUGCCUUAAAACAAUAUAACAAUAAAACUUUGCUUUUGAAUAUAUCAUAAUAAUGAAGAAAACAAGAGUGAAGGACUAAAUGCAGUGCCUUCCUUUAUUUAAAGGGUAUACAGUAUGAUGUCAACAGUGUCACUCCGGAUAUAUCUUAGUAUAUGAAUCUCUCUGUACCUUACACUAGUAGUGGUGGUCUUACUCUCUAUUCACAUGUAACUCAUAAAACAGACAGUACUAAGAACUGGAAUAACAAGCUAAAGUUAUUUUCAGGUUGGAUAAAUAAUUGGAAUCAUAACUGAAUGAUAUGGCUGCUUCUAUUUAAAAAACAGCUCCUUAUAACAAACAAGCUAAGUAGUAUUAAUGAUUUUAUUUACGGGCGAUCUAUUUCUGUCCAAUAAGAAUUUACAAGGUAGGCAAAAAAAGUGUAUUUAAUUUAUUUGCUAAAUCAAUUUUAGUUGUAUUUAUAAGGUUAUUGUAUGAGGUUAUAUGCUGCAAUUGUGGCCAAGGCUCACCACACUUUGGGAAAGGUAAAACAAGCAAAAUCGCACUGGAAAUCUGAUGUUUAUUUAAUUGAAUUGCUUGGGGGUGAUGCAGAACAUAACCAAUACCAGUAUAACAAAUUAAAAUUUGCAAAUCAA